AUGAUUACGUUAACUGCAGAUGAAUUAAUAGAGUAUUAUUUGAAUUUACCAAAUGAAAGACAGUCACCAUCAUUAAAAUCAUACAUCAUCAAGAAUCGCAUUGAGUUUGAAAAGCAACUCUUAGAUUCAAUAGAAUCCAGUUCAUCACCAGCCAUUAUAGCAACUCCGUCGAUUAACGAAGAAGUCGAGCCCCCUAAUGCGAUUGAUCUAAAUUUAAUUGAAAUAGACGAAGAUACACUUAUUCAACAAGCGGAUGAAGCAUGUGUCUCCAGCGUUAAUGAUAUAGCAACUAGGAAUUUCGUUGAUGAACAAAUGAUUCAUAAACAAGCUUUCCUUCAAGAGAUUGAAGGAAAAGGACUCACGUUGAAAAGACAAAGAGCUAAUGAGAGCGAUGGAGGGAGUUCGAAGACACAGGCAAGCAACAAAACCAUUCCCAUGAAUUAUUAG